AAUUGGCGAAAGAAACUUACGUAGAAAGUACCGAUACCAAUGUGUAUUUAUGUAAUCAACGAAAUAUAGUUCUCCCAGCAUGGAAAUCGGGAGUACAACACAUCUCCAUGUGUUACAUGUCUGUUUACCUUCGUGGGAUAUUACACAGCCUAUGGCAGUCGUCUUCGAGUAGUGAGGUAGUUUUGUGAGAGCUUAACGGGGUUAAGAGUUGGUUAAGUCACUGCCAGGACGGUGAUCGGGGACAGUACCUAAGCUCAGUGUUCGCCGAGCAGAGUCAGUUGAAGUCGAGUCGAGGUAGCGGAUUAUCGCUCAAGGGCGCAAAGAGCUCACCGCUGAGGCAUCAAAAAUAUCAAUAUUUGACCGAUUCAUUGAUUCGUUCUUUUUUUUUUUCAAUUUUUUUAUUCCUUCAAUUAUUUGUUCUUGUUGCGUUCGGCUUGUACCCGUUACUCCGGAAUCGACUCCGUUUCUCGACGAGUUUCACACAGACUCACACAGUUCUUUUUCUGCCUUUAUCGCCGGUUUAAUUUCAUUUGAUUCAGAUUUUUUUCUCCACUCCUCUAUUACUGUUUUGGUUUUGCCCAGAACCGCUUCUCGUUCACGAUCUCGGAGUUCGUUGAAAUAAGCCAAACAAAAAUAAAGUGAUUCAUUCUGAUUUUUUUUUCCGUUCACCCGGUUCGAGUGAUAUUGAGGAAAAGUAUAUACAUCAUAUAUGUGUGUAUAAUAUAUAUACGCCGAAGUUACUUGCUGAAAAGUGAAUUCUCAAAAAUUAUUAAGAUGCGACUAGAAAUGAAUCUUCCUGCAGGAUGCGGGCCUACCGUAUACGAGGCGGAGAAUAUGUACCCUCUAAUAACAAACGAGGCGAACAAUAACAAUAACAACAUCAAUAACAUCGACAACCAUAACAUUAACGAUGAUGACAAUAUCGUUGCGAGACAGGGAACGCCUCUACAAGAGUUCUAUGCUGGACAGAAUAUCUUCAUUACGGGCGGAACUGGGUUUCUGGGGAAAAUUUUGAUCGACAAGCUACUGCGAAGCUGUCCUGAUUUAACCGGAAUCUACAUUUUGGUGCGCCCGAAGAAGGGAAAAGAUAUUCAAAGUCGUAUCGAAGACAUAUUCGAUGAUGUGAUCUAUAGUCGCUUGAAAAGAGAAGUUCCAAAAUUUCGUCACAAGGUCUUCGCCGUAGCCGGAGAUUGUAGCGCACCUAAUUUGGGUCUUUCCUUGACUGACAGAGCUCUCCUUAUGGAAAAAAUAUCCAUCGUGUUCCACGUUGCAGCAACAGUCCGCUUCGACGAAAAACUUAAACUCGCGGUAGCGAUCAAUGUGCAAGCAACCGGUGACAUAAUGGAAUUAUGCCGAAGCAUGCCCCAACUGAAGUCUUUAAUUCACGUUUCAACUGCUUAUGCCAACUCUCACUUAUGGUCGAUAGAAGAAGAAUUUUACCCGUACGAAACUAAGUAUGCAGACAUGACGAAGCUGGUGGAAACUUUGUCUGACCAUACCAUAGACGCAAUGACUCCAAAGAUAAUCGGAAAGUGGCCGAACACCUACGUCUUUACCAAAGCCUUAGCCGAAGAUCUGAUUAAAGAUAAAAGCGACAAUCUACCAAUGGGAAUUUUUAGACCUGCUAUUGUUGUCUCAACGGCUCACGAACCGAUCACAGGAUGGAUCGACAAUCUCUAUGGACCAACUGGUGUAGUUGCUGGUGCUGCUUCCGGUGUUCUCAGAACUCUGCACUGUGAUCCGGAAAUCAACGCGAAUAUUGUACCCGUUGACCUGACGGUUAACGCUCUGAUAGCCAGCGCCAGGGAUGUCACCCUACAGACCGAUAGGAGAAAUAAAGACAUGUUGAUUUACAAUUACGUGUCUUCUGCUGACGCCCCAAUAACGUGGGGCGAUUAUUGUACCACGAAUAUAAAAUAUGGAAAGAUGUAUCCUCUAAGCAGUGCCAUAUGGUAUCUGUCGUUUACCAUGAACAAAUACUUAUUUGUUCACUGGAUAUACAUGAUCUUAUUCCACCUGGUACCUGCAUUACUCAUGGAUACUGCCAGUAUGUGCGUCGGCCAGAAACCAAGAUUAUGGAAAAUGUAUAAAAAAAUUCAUAAGUUUUCCAACGUUAUAUCCUAUUUCGCCACUCACCAAUGGCACUUUUCUAACGAUAAUGUGCGGGCAAUGUGGAGUCGGUUGGAUUCCAAGGACCAGCAACUCUUCCUCUUCAAUAUGAAGGGCUUUGACUGGCAUACUUAUUUUCAAGAUUAUAUCAAGGGAAUUAGAAUUUAUCUAUUCAAAGAUGAUCUAAGCACCUUGAGGGCUAGCAGAGUAAGAUUGGGCAAAUUCUACUAUCUGCAUCAAACGGUUAAAGGAUUGGUAUACCUCCUUUUAUUCUGGUGCAUAUGGACGGUGAUCUCCAGGAUAGUAUUUUAGGCGCACAAUUCAACACAGAUGAUUCGGACGGGAAUAAAACUGGGUGAUAUAGGAAAUACAGGAAGGAAGAAAGGUCGUAUAUAGACGAAUUGAUUUUGGAAAAAAGGUGCUCUGGAUGUUCCCAGUUGCACUUAAUGUGUUGUGUGCCAUUCCACGAUGUUUCUGGUAUAUUUUUAUGGGCAACAUGGAAUCUUGUUAUUAUCUUCAGGUGCGUACCGAUGAAACACAGGCGAUUAACCGCGAUGUAUUAAAUACGCGUGAAAUUCUCAAUACAACUUUUUGGUCGAUUUUGAAGCAGCACAUGGAUGCUUCAAAAAGAGUCGGGUAGAAUCUAUGAUCAGUUUCAUUCGCAGGUUCGACAAAAUUUACCUUAUGAAAGUCCUCGAAUGGGCUUAGUGGGUAUCAUGUAAAUAUUGAUUUUAGUCUAAGAUUAUUAAUUAUUAUUAUUUUUAAAUCGUCACCUUCAUAGUUAUUGUCUUUAUAUUCUUAUGCCACGUAUGCCUGAGGUUUCAUAUUUUUAUGACAAAUCAGUUUUAUUUUAAUCGAGUGUGAUGUGACCAUAUGAAAAAUGUAUAGGUUUUUAAUAUUUACCCCGAUGUAUUAUUCAAAUGCUAUGGCCAACUCUCGGGGCAUGGUUCGAUGGUGAAUACUCUACCGCGUAGAGAUUUGCUGUUUAUUAAUUUUAUCAAAUGUUCCAUCGUUUUAUUACCGUUGAUCUAAGCGGGUGAAUUUAAAUACCUGCAAUUCUUCAUAUACAUAUACAUAAAAUUAUAUUUAAGGAUCAAUAGUUCUACGUUGCUAUUACAAAGCCAUCAACGUUCAUACGUAAUUUAAUUAUCUUCGUCAAUCUUACUUUCAUGUUUUAAAAUUUAUUUAAUCAUACGAUAAAACAUCUUGUGCUCUAAAUAUAUUUCAACAUUUUUAAUUUACUUUGAAUCGGUACUUCGUAUAUUCGUAUAAUCAGGCAACGAUCAUUCCAGUUAAACGGCUAUAAUAUAGAGGACUACAAAAAAAAAAUUACGAUUAACCAUGCCUAAUUUUUUUUCUAAAUCAAUUCAUGAUUGUUUUAAAUUAUAAGAUAUCAUGUGUAAGCGCGGUAUUUGAAUCGUAGCUAAGUAUGCAUUUCGUUUUGUGAUUUGCUAUCCUGAGAAAUACGUACGUAAACACGCUACUCGCCCGAACAUGUCAACAUUUUUCAAAUACCUUUAUACACCAGUGGAUAAUAAUCUCAAAUGCGUAAGCCUAAGCGCCAUAUACACAGUAUGUAAUUUAUGUAAAUAAUGUAGCGAGAUAUUAAUAAGUUAUAAGAUGGUCAAUAAAAUUUGGUCAACUAGUAUAUUAUGAAAUACACAGUAUAUCGUUAACAUGCUUUACCAAACUUGUUAUAUAACGCAACCGCUCGUGGUUACACUUCUUUUAUAGGUGAUAAAUUAUACCUAUAAGUGCGUUAUAUAUUGAUUAAUUUCUAUACAAACCAUAUCAGCUUAUGAGUUGAGGUAGCAUCUUCUUGCCGCGGUAAUUUUUUCCAGCUGGGUAUUGGAGUCUUGAAAUAAUUCACUCAUACAUUGAGUAUCACACGCUCAGAAAUACACAUUAGUAUGUAAAAUUUGAGAGUUAAAUAUAAGUUCACUCAUUAGUUUGUAAAAAUCACGUGCAGUAAUUAUCAAGUGCUGUAUGAUUGUAAAAAAUUUUCAAUCCUGAAAGUGAUAUCAACAUAUAAACAUUAUCAAUAUGUUUUGUGUGUACAUAUAUACUGUCAUAUUAAACACAAGUUUCAUCAAA